CGCAUUUGGGGCUCCACCAUUCCGCCCCCAUCCCUGGUCUACACUAGUGCAGCAUCCUUCAACCGUAUAGAUAGCUUUUCUUUCUAGAGCCCCAGCUGGCGGGGCUGCUUGUUCUGAACUGUGCUGAUUGCCUUGUUUGCCCAGGCUAAGGCCUGAACCGCGGCCUUUGGGCCAGAACCACUCCUCGGAACGUGUAGAACCAGAGGGCAAAAAUGACGGAGGUCCUCAAGCGUGGCUUUCCGGGCAUGAAGAGUGUCAAAGACAUGCCCAUUGUUCAAGACGCUCCCCCACCGGGCGGGUUCCCGACUAUCCGCAUUGAGCGUCGCCUGCCGAGCACGGGGCCGACCGGCGUUGCUAUUUUCGCUGGCCUGGCUGCCAUCAUGGGCUACGGCUUCUAUAAGCUUCACGAGCAGCGCCAGGAGAAGAGGUUCGAAGCGGACGAAAUCCUUACCGUGCGCAAAAUCGUGCACCCCGUGCUGCAAGCGGAGUGGGACCUAAGGUACCUGGAGCACCUUAAGAGGGAGCGCGAGGAGGAGGCCAAGGUCAUGAAGAAUGUGCCCGGCUGGAAGGUUGGGGAGUCGACCACUCGCCACCGGUGGCUGGCGCCCCUGGAGUCGUGGGACAAGCGCCCGCUCGUCUAAAGCGAUGGCUGCAGAGAGGCAGCACAAGCACCACAACAGGGUUGGCAGGUGGUGCGAGAGGCAUGUGCUGUGUCUGCUUUGCCAGCUGCAGAGCGGCUUACACUUGGCUUAUAUUUAGCUUGAACCUGGUAGGGAGUCACUGUGUGAGGGGUUCAAUCGGUUGACGAUUCAACACCUGGCGUACUCGGGGGUUUUGUUUACUGCCGGUGGGCUCAUGGUGCCGGCGGUCGCGCGCCAGCAUCAGGGGCAAAUCGGCUGCAGGUGUUCAGAUGCUGGUUGCCCUCUGGUGUGUAUGAUUCAGGCCGAAGGCGAGUAAGAUGCAUUUUGUAUAGGUUAUAGGUGCAGGCAAAGAAGGCGACAAAUGGUGCGACUAGUGCUUGUGUAUACCCGGUACAGGGAGGUGUGCACUGCGACGUACCUAGGGUGUCGAUGCUGAUCAAACCAAGCAGGUAGGAUGGACAAACAGCGCUGCUGCAAGGUGCACGCAGCCACAUAGCGAGCUUACGGCUGUAACGUGUUCUGUAC